AUGUUCCGGCUUCGUCGGUUUCGGGCGUUCCUGAUCGUUGCAGUCGUGGUCUUCGUAUGCGCAUAUGAAUUCUAUCUGAAUGAUUGGGGCGUGCCUAGCAUAGAGACGCUCGGCUUUUCGACUCCCAGGAACAAGAACGAGAAUCAACGAUACGAACCACCGAGUCCUGGUCCGCCAGCAGAGCAUCCCCAAAGCCCGCCUGAGCCUGACGCUCCCAACAACGAUAAGCACGCUGAGCAUGUUCCUGAAGCGCCAAAGAGCAAAGCCAAUCCGACGUACGCACGCACAGCAACACCAGCUGCACAGACUGUGACAGGAGAAGAGCUGUUACAGGAACAAUCUUCGGACAACUUUGAGCUCUCACGGCAAGCUCAGGGUCGACUGAGCGUCCCAGCUCGUCCGGCAGGCAAGCCCAGCGCUGUAUGGGUCGAGCAGCCAGAGCACUUUCCUGUGCAAAAAGUCACUGAAUUGCCCGUAGGUGAUGGCCAGCAGAUUCCACGCAUUCAAUAUGACUUCCAGGAAGAGUCUGCCGAACGGAAGAAGGGCACAACUGCUAGACGGAAAGCAGUCAAAGAAGCCUUCAAACAUGCUUGGAAAGGAUAUAGCGCGUAUGCUAUGGGACACGACGAGCUCCGGCCUUUAACGAAUGGCUCGGCCGAUGGUUUCAAUGGCUGGGGCGCUACACUGGUCGAUACUCUUGACACUCUAUGGAUAAUGGGUCUGCAUGAUGAGUUCGAAUGGGCUGUUGGCAACGUGACCCAGAUCAAUUUCAAAACAUCACCUCGCAAGGAUAUCCCCAUGUUUGAGACAACCAUUCGCUACCUUGGCGGGCUGCUUGCUGCUUACGACCUCAGUAACGGCAAGUACACGAUCUUGCUUGAUAAGGCCGUCGAACUUGCUGAAGUCAUGAUGGGAGCAUUUGAUACUCCUAACAGGAUGCCAGACCCCUACUACAAGUGGGCACCUUCAUAUGCGUCUCAGCCGCACCGUUCGGAUACGCAUACAGUUCUGGCUGAGCUCGGUAGUCUUGCAAUGGAGUUCACUCGGUUGGCUCAGAUUACCAAAGAACACAAAUACUACGAUGCCAUCGCACGCAUAACGGAUGAACUGGAGAAAUGGCAGGAUAAGACCUCCUGGCAAGGACUCUGGCCAAUCAGGGUCGACUCAUCGGGUUGCAAGAAGUCAUCUCUCCGCCCAAAGGACGCUUCGAAAUCAGACGGUGAAUCUGCCAAAGGCAAUUCUGGUACCCUUGGAAAACGUCAAGUGGAUGAUGCUUCGGACAAUGAAGCGGCGCCGUUGGUCCCCAAUCCCAACGAUGAGGCGUUCGAGGCGUCUGAUUUCGUCAGUGCUGAGCUGUUAGAUGAUGAUGUCUUUGCAGCCGAUUGCGAGUCCCAAGGUUUAGCGCACGAACCCCGCGAAGAGACACACAUGUACAGCAUCGGCGCCAUGGCCGACUCAACUUACGAAUACUUUCCAAAGAUGCAUGCUCUCCUCGAAGGCCGCAAUAGGCAAUAUCGAUCAAUGUAUCUGAAGGCAGCAGACGCAAUUCGCAAGGAUUUCGUGUUCCGUCCUAUGCUCCAAGACUCGAAACGCGAUGUUCGCUUUCUUGCGAAGCAUGAACUCACGGCAGAUAAAUCCGGGAGAAUUACGAAAGACUGGAAGAUCUACGAAGGCAGUCAUCUUGCGUGCUAUGCUGGUGGGAUGUUCGCGCUGGGUUCGAAGAUCUUUGAUAUACCGGCCGAUAUGGACCUGGCUACCAAGCUGACAGAUGGCUGCGUGUGGUCGUACGAGUCCAUGCCGGCAGGAGUGAUGCCUGAACUGUUUGCCCUCACCCCUUGUGAAGACGAGAAGCAUUGUUCACCGGAUGAAUCAAAGUGGCAUACGUCCCUAGAUCCGAAUUUGCAGGAGCGUUUCGAUGCUGUUGCACGUUUUAAUGCACAUCAGAAAGCACUCGCCGAAUCCGCUAAUGUCGAUGCCGAUGCUCUGGCUGAGGAAGAGGAGGCUGAGCGUAAGUUCAACCCUUCGGACAAGCGCAAGCGGGCAGAGGCUCCGGCAUGGAAAGCGCCAGAUCGAAGCACGAUCGCCAGGGAGAAUGAGGAGCACGACGAGCCGGCGCCGACGAGCGCCACGGUCGGCCUGUCGGCUGAUGGCUCCUUCGCGAGCUCUGACGACAACACAUCACCGGCGCCUGUCGUCCCAAGAGUUGCCCUGUCGCAUCAGAAGUUCGUUGCGGCUCGCAUCGCCGAAGAGCGCCUCACUCUGCCGUACACCGAAUUGCAAGAUCGAGCAUACAAGCUCCGGCCCGAAGCGCUGGAAUCUGUCUUCAUUAUGUAUCGGAUUACAGGCGACAGCACUUGGCGCGAGAAGGGCUGGAAGAUGUUUCAAAGUAUUGUCUCGGCAACGGAAACAGCUAGCGGGCACGCGCAGCUUAAGGAUGUCACGAGCGCUUUGGGGGAGCAGGCUGAUAAGAUGGAAAGCUUCUGGUUGGCGGAGACGCUCAAGUAUGCGUAUUUGCUGUUCAGUGAGGAGUCGCUGGUGAGUCUGGAUGAAUGGGUCUUGAAUACGGAAGCGCAUCCUUUCAGAAGGGAAAGGGGAAAGACUAUGGCAAGGGGAAUGUGA